AUGGCACCAAUACGACGCUAUUUGCGCAUCAGUAAGCAUUCUGUCCUCGAAUGCCGGAUCUUUCUGGAGAAUCCUGCCGACGAACCACGAUGGCUCCUCAGCGAGAAGGACCCGGCUCUUCCACGUGUUUUCGAGGCAAUCAAACCAUACGUCCUGCCCAAGCUUAGAGAGGAGAAUGAGAGAGCGAGGGGCAAAGGGAAGAAAAAGAAAAGUGUCAAGGACAUUGUGAAAAAGGAUGACUUCGAAGUCUCGAUAUUCCUAACGGAAAUCCGCACGCGACACUCGCUAUUGGUAAAGAACAAAACGUUUCAGCAGCGGGAGACGAUACGGACCAACAAUGGCGGCAAACUCACAGGUGCCGACCGAGACGCAGUCAUGAUUCAGGACGAAAGUGACGAUGAACGCGUUGAUCUCGGACAGAUACCUGAAGCCGGCGAUCUCGAACAAGAUGCGCAGCAUCAUGGCAGAGAUGAAGCUCAUGAGGAAGAAGCUGAUGACAAGAAAAAGCUGGGGUUCCGGACGACCUACGAAGGGUUCAGCAUCUGGGGAUGGGUGCUCUGCCUCUUUGUCGAGCGCAAGGGCGGGCCAGGGAAGCAGAAGUCUGGAACGGAAGGAAAUGCUCAGGCUUUGAUGCAGGAUUGGAUUGCAUCCACGCAGGCUCAAAAUGAUGAUGAUCCCUGA